AUGGGGCAGGAGUUUGCGAUGGGGCUGUUUUUGCUCUGGGGCAUUUUUUUCUACCAGGGGGCUUUUGCUGACCCCCAGAGCCCUGCCUGGUGGGAGCCGGAGACCUCGGAUCAUGUCCCCUUGGCCCCUUCCUCUGUAUUUUCCAGGGCCGCUCCUGCCACGCCCCACGCCGUGAAGGUUUCCUGCGAGCCCCACCGCUUGGUGGUGGCCGUUCACCGUGAUCUCUUUGGGGUGGGCAGGCUGGUGGCCCCCGCAGACCUGACUUUGGGGGCGGCCUCGUGCGUCCCGGUGUCCUUCGCAGCUGGCACCACCGACGUGGUCCUCUUUGAGGCGGGUCUCCAUCAGUGUGGCAUCGAGGUCCAGAUGACUCCAGAAAUGCUGAUCUACCGAACGAGUCUCUUCCACAAGCCGUCGCCUUCCGCCAAUCCCAUAAUCACCAGGACCAACGCUGCAGAGAUACCCAUUGAGUGCCACUACCCCAGGAAAGGCAACGUCUCCAGCCUGGCCAUCCAGCCCACCUGGGCUCCCUUCAGGUCCACCGUGUCGGCCGAAGCGAGGCUUGGAUUCUCGUUGCGGCUCAUGAACGAUGACUGGAGCGGCGAGCGGCUAUCUUCUCGCUUCCAGCUGGGUGAAAUCCUGCACCUGCAAGCCCGAGUCGAGGCAGAGAACCACCUUCCGCUAAGGCUCUUUGUGGACAGCUGCGUCGCCAGCCCUGAAGCCACUCUGGGGUCUACGUAUGCCAUUGUCGAUUCCAACGGGUGCCUGGUGGACGGGAGGCAAGAGGGCGUCUCGUCUGCGUUCCUCGCACCCAGAGUCUCCGAGGAGACGCUACGUUUCACGGUGGACGCCUUCCGGUUUGCCGGGGACUCCAGGAAUAUGCUGUACGUGAUUUGCCACCUCAAGGUAACGCGAACCGACCAGACGCCAGAUGUCCGGAACAAGGCUUGCUCCUUCGACGUUGCCAGCAGCACCUGGCUUCCUGUUGAGGGACCUCGAAGCAUCUGCAGCUGCUGCGAGGCGAGGAAUUGCGACCGGGUGCCGGCAGAACAGACCCCCAGCUUCCUUCCCAGACCCCGAGCCGUGGAGAUGAGCUGGCAAAGAAGUCUACCAGCCGAGUUGACCGCACCUCAGGCCCACCUGACGCUGGGACCCUUCUUUGUUUUCGACUCCCUGGAGAACUCUGCAAACUUCCCCGCAGACCCAGCCGGCGCUCAGAAGACGCCAGUGGAAGACUUCAUGCCAGCGAUGGAAUCCAAGGUGGAUGUAAUGAGAAACCCAGUGCCCUUCAAAGACCCGGGAAGGUCGGCCAACAUCUCGGAAGAGCAGGAGGAUAAUCCUGAGCUGCCUUUGGAUGUGUACCUGAGGAGAGGCCCUGUCUUCAUCAGUGAGGCCGAAGAGGGAUCUGGGUUUCCAGACCUAGUCGAAGCAGCAAGGCCAGAGGCGAGGAAAGCGCUGGAACUGAAGGCUGAGGUUGUCACCAUGACCCUCGAAGGUGCCGUCUCCAGGGCGGAGAACCGCACCACCUCCAGGACUGGGGAACUCACUGCCACUACAUCGCGAGUUGCCCCCAAAACAGGGUGGAUGCCCGAUUUCCAGGUCUGUGCCAUGGUAGUGCUCAUCAUAGAAGCCACCGUUCUGCUCAUCCUCUUGGCCAUUCGCCUGUCCCCCAGACACUACGGCCCUCCGUGUGUUUCAGAGCACAACGACAUCCAACGUUUUUAA